AGUUUAUUUUUCUUCAGCUUUGACUAGUUACACUUUUUUACCGAUUUUCUCUAUUAAAACCUCUCUGUUUUUCAUUCUCAUUUUUCUCUAUUUUCUCUCUUUUUGUUUCCUUCGCCGGCGUUAAAUUCCUCACCGGAAUUUCUCCUUUUCUUUGAAGAACCCGGUUCAGGACUAGGUUUUCUUAACGGUCCAAGUCAAUUUCGUGAGUUGAAAACACCAACAACGAAAAGAACUUGGUUUGACUUGGAAUCAUCAAUGGAGUUUUUGGGGUUUUGAUUUUUCGCGAAGAGGAGUGAAUCGUCGAGGUUGUGUAGUUUGUGUUGUAGGUGAAUGGUUUUGGGGAGAAGAAGUGGUUGGAGUUGUUUAUGAUGACCGGAGCUCCGGUUAGGGAUCGGAGAGGGUGGUGGUGGUUAGGUGAAUCUGUUGCGUUGAAUGGCAGAUCUUGUUAACUACGGGAAUGUUGAUCGUAAUAUUGAGCAAGCGUUGAUUGCUUUGAAAAAGGGGGCUCAACUACUUAAAUAUGGUCGUAAGGGAAAACCAAAAUUUUGUCCAUUUAGACUCUCACAUGAUGGGUUAUUUUUAAUUUGGAUUUCAAGCGACGGCGAAAAACAACUAAAGCUAUCUUCUGUCUCAAGAAUCAUUCCUGGACAAAGAACUGCUGUUUUCCAACGGUACCUGCGUCCUGAGAAGGACUAUGUGUCUUUUUCACUUAUUUAUAAGAACGGAAAGCGGUCUCUUGAUUUGAUUUGCAAAGAUAAAGUAGAGGCAGACGUGUGGAUUUCUGGUCUCAAAAAACUGAUAUCCUCAGGUCAAGGUGGUCGGUCCAAAAUUGAUGGAUGGAGUGACGGGGGCCUCAAUCUUGAUGAUAACAAAGACUUAACAUCCAAUAGUCGAAGUGACAGUUCAGCUAGUGCGUCACUAGACAUCAGUUCUCCUGACAUUUCCGCGAGUCUUCCAAAUAAUUUACCGAACUCAUUUCAGCCUGACAAUACCUUAAAUACCGAAAGGUCACAUGCACCAUCUGACUCAACAAAUAUGCUACUAAAAGGAUCUAGCAAUGAUACUUUUCGGGUUAGUGUUUCAAGUGCCCCCAGCUCAUCUAGUCAUGGAUCUGCACAUGAUGACUAUGAUGCUCUGGCAGAUGUAUACAUAUGGGGGGAAAUCAUCUGCGAAAACGUGAAAGUCGAUGCCGAUAAAAGCGUCCAUUAUUUCAGCCCAAGGGCAGAUGUGCUUCUCCCGAGACCACUGGAAUCAAAUGUAGUUUUAGACAUACAACAUAUAGCAUGUGGUGUUAGACAUGCUUCAUUAGUCACUAGGCAAGGUGAAGUUUUCACGUGGGGUGAAGAAUCGGGAGGACGCCUUGGCCACGGUGUUGGGAAGAAUGUGGUUCAACCUCGUCUAGUUGAAGCUCUGACUUCUACAACGGUUGAUUUUGUUGCAUGUGGGGAGUUCCAUUCCUGCGCUGUUACUAUGACUGGGGAACUAUAUACAUGGGGUGACGGUACUCAUAAUGCAGGGCUGCUUGGUCAUGGCUCUAAUGUUAGUCAGUGGAUGCCAAAGAGAGUCGAGGGUCCAUUAGAGGGCCUUCAAGUUUCAUCUGUUGCAUGUGGUCCAUGGCACACAGCCUUGAUUACUUCAAUCGGGAAGCUCUUUACAUUUGGCGAUGGAACUUUCGGUGUCUUGGGACAUGGAGAUAGGGAAAAUGUUUCAUAUCCUAGAGAAGUGGAAUCGUUAUUAGGGUUGAGGACGAUAGCUGUUGCAUGUGGAGUAUGGCAUACUGCAGCUGUUGUAGAGGUUAUCGCAACACAAUCUAUUGCUAGUUUAUCGUCAGGUAAAUUGUUUACUUGGGGUGAUGGAGACAAAAAUCGCCUCGGACAUGGGGACAAGGAGGCACGGCUUACACCAACUUGCGUUCCUGCUAUUAUCGAUUACAAUUUUCAAAGAAUUGCUUGUGGGCACAGUUUGACAGUAGGGCUGACGACAUCCGGACGAGUUUUUACCAUGGGAAGUACUGUUUACGGUCAGCUUGGGAAUCCUCAGUCUGAUGGAAAGCUUCCAUGCUUGGUUGGAGAUAAGAUUGCGUCCGAAUCCGUUGAAGAAAUUGCUUGUGGUGCAUAUCAUGUGGCUGUUUUAACAUCCAAAAAUGAAGUUUAUACUUGGGGUAAAGGUUCAAAUGGGAGAUUAGGUCAUGGAGAUAUUGAAGAUAGAAAAACACCAACUUUGGUUGAAGCAUUGAAGGAUAGACAUGUGAAAUAUAUUGCAUGUGGUUCAAAUUACUCUGCCGCCAUAUGCCUUCAUAAAUGGGUAUCUGGCGCCGAGCAGUCUCAGUGCUCGGCUUGUAGACAAGCAUUUGGCUUCACGCGAAAGCGACACAAUUGUUAUAAUUGUGGACUUGUGCACUGCCAUUCAUGUAGUUCAAAGAAAGCAUUAAGAGCGGCACUGGCUCCUAAUCCUGACAAGUCCUACCGUGUGUGUGAUUCUUGUUACGCCAAAUUGAGCAAGGUUGCAGAAGCUAACAAUCAUAAUCGGAGGAACUCUUUGCCGCGUCUCUCAGGUGAAAACAAGGAUAGGUUAGACAAGUCUGAGCUAAAAUUAUCUAAGGUUGUUGUUCCUUCAAAUAUGGAUUUGAUAAAGCAGCUAGAUAAUAAGGCAGCCAAACAAGGAAAGAAGGCUGAUACAUUCUCGUUAGUUCGCAACUCUCAAACCCCUUUGCUACAGCUGAGAGACGUUGUCUUCUCCACUGCUGCUGAUCUGAGACGAACCACACCAAAACCGGUGAUUGCAGCGUCGAGAGUAAGUUCUAGAUCCACAUCCCCUUUCUCUAGAAGAUCAAGCCCUCCUCGUUCAGCUACACCUAUUCCAACAAUGUCGGGACUGUCGUUCUCCAAAAAUUCUGCUGAUAGUUUGAAGAAAACAAACGAAUUUUUAAAUCAAGAAGUGCAGAAGUUACGUUCUCAGGUUGAGAUCCUGAAACAAAGAUGUAAACUGCAAGAAUUAGAGCUUCAAAGGUCAGCAAAAAAGACUCAAGAAGCUAUGGCACUUGCUACUGAAGAGUCUACUAAAAGAAAAGCUGCAAAAGAAGUUAUGAAGUCACUUACGUCACAGAUCAAAGAUCUAGCUGAGAAGCUUCCUCCUGAAGUUUAUGAUGCUAUGAACAUUAGACAAAUGUACCUACAGAAUGGUCUUGAGUCAAAUGGAAAUCACAAUCCGGAUUCAAAUGGGGAGCAGCAUGGGGAUGCAGAAUCAAUCAUCAGUGGCUCUAGUUUAGCCUCCAUAAAACUCGAGUCCUCUCUGUUUAGAACUGCAGGUGAUUUUCCAGCAGCCAACGGAACUAACCUCCACCAGCAAAUCCGGGGUAUUGUUACCUCUAACGGGACUGGUAAUUAUCCAAAUGUUAAAUCUCCAAAUGGCAGUGGCGUGAUUCAGUCAAGCAGUAGUAGCCUGUCAGAUAUUGUUGAAGGUAGGGAUUCCGGGAAAUUCCGUGAUGAUGAGAGUGGUUUGAAAUCAACAAAUGCUACACUUGCUACUAAUAGUAAUAAUCAAGUUGACGCAGAAUGGAUUGAACAGUAUGAACCUGGUGUGUAUAUAACACUGGUGGCCAUGCACGAUGGAACAAGAGAUCUGAAACGAGUACGCUUUAGCCGGAGGAGAUUUGGAGAGAACCAAGCAGAAAAUUGGUGGUCAGAGAACCGGGAGAUGGUAUACGAAAAAUACAAUGUUCGUACCACGGACAAGUCUUCUAGCCAAGCAACGCAUAAGUCAGAGGUUGCUGGUUCUUCUAUCUCCCAAACAUAGGUAAAAUAGGAGGAAAAUUCUCCAUUAACCCCUUUCGUCGCAAUGAGGAAGUUGUAGGGAAGCUCAAAUGAAUGUGAAGAAACCUCGAAUCCUUCCUCUUUUUACGAGGUUAUAUCUAAAGCUGUCAAACUCAUUCCUCUUUUUACGAGGUUAUAUCUAAAGCUGUCAAACUCAGGAGUUUGCACAAACUCGUGGAGCUUCUGUAGAUUCGACUCAGACUCCGACAAUUUUACCAGUUGGCUCGAAGAGUUUAACAACCAUUCUUAUGUCUAUUCCUUAUUCUCUUCUCAAUCUUUAUACCUUUUCCCUCUUUUUUUUCCCUUCAAAUUAAUUGUAUUUUUAUUUAUUUUUGGCAGAUGUUAUUUAUAUAUCUAUUGUAGUUUAGUGUAUAUAAAAUAAAUAAUCAUGUUGGGAUAACUUUGGCGCAGGAAUCACACCUAUUUAUUAUCUUUCUUUGUUC